GUAGCUGUUGUUCGCAUCUACAAGUUGUUUGCUCCCAUUCAUUCGUCUACACCUACGAUUCAACACAUUCAUCACCAUGAAGGCUUUCGUCGUCCUUGCUGUGGCCGUUAGGCAUGCCAGCAGCUACUUGGUCCCCUGCAGUGAGAAUGACUGGCAGCAGUACAAAGAAUGGAAUAACCCCCUACCCGCCCGUCAAAGCUCAGCUUGGUCCUCUUGGGCAGAGGCACACGGCAGCCAACUUUCUGCCGCCCAACUUGCAAUCGAGCAUUUUGCAGAAGCGGAGACGACGUACAGCGUACCGGCGAGGAUCACUGAGACUCUACCCUAA